AUAAUUUUUCAUGGCUAAAUAUUAUCUUUCCUGCAAAAUGAAAGAUAUUUGCUAUUUUAAGUAAAAAUAUAACUUAUAUUUACCGUAUUUUCAAAAACAACCGUUACUAUUUACAAAUUUCGAUAACCUUUAUAUAAAGGAUAGCCAAUCCAUUCUCUACAAUCGAUAGCAACUCCAACAGAAAGGCCAACAAACAACAAGCGUUGCCACCCUGCCAAAGAAUCCUGCGCACCAAGCUCCUUUAGCUAAGGGUUCAAAUCUCCCCCUUCCGGCUCUCUCUGGCUCUCACUGUUUGUGUGUGUUUUGCUCAUUUACUACGUUUGUGUUAUGGUUUUUCGUUUUCUGGUGGAGUACAACCACCCAUCCAUCCGCCCUCCCCUCAGCUGCGAGUGAAAUUGGAGAGGAAAAGCUAGUUCGAGUGCGAUUACCGCUGCUACUGGUGCGCUGGCCUGUCACUGUGGCUCGUGUUUGCCUUGUUUGGUGGAUACCAUUUGCCUUUUUCUGGCUCAGAGCGACUCAGUCAAAAUGUAUUAAAUAAAUAACUAAUCGUUUAAAUGUAAUACCCAACGAGAAGGGGUUGCCCAUUGAAAAUCAAAAAAAACCAACAUCGACCAAGUCAAGAAAGUGCAACAAAAUUUAGUGUAGAAAAUCGUGGAAAAAGGUUGACGAAAAGCGAGCGAAGGGAGCUGGAAAAAUUGCAUUGCCUUCUUUUGGGCGCACAAAGAAAAUGAGCGCAAAGAUGACGCGCUACAAGCAAACUGAAUUUACGGAAGAUGAUUCCAGCUCAAUCGGCGGCAUUCAAUUGAAUGAGGCAACCGGCCAUACAGGCAUGCAGAUACGCUACCAUACAGCGCGGGCUACAUGGAAUUGGCGUUCGAGAAAUAAGACAGAAAAAUGGCUACUCAUCACUACUUUCGUAAUGGCCAUCAUGAUCUUUACACUGCUGAUCGUCCUUUUUGCAGACGGUGGCAACAGCGAUGCCACCAAGCAUGUCCUUCAUGUCCAGCCGCACAAGAAGGAUUGUCCUUCCGGUAAUGAGCUUCCCUGCUUGAACAAGCACUGCAUCUUUGCCUCAAGCGAGAUCCUCAAGUCCAUCGAUGUGACUGUGGAUCCUUGUGAUGAUUUUUAUGGCUAUUCUUGUAACCAAUGGAUCAAAAACAAUCCCAUUCCCGAGGGCAAGUCAACGUGGGGUACGUUUGGCAAACUGGAGCAGAUGAAUCAGCUAAUCAUUCGUAAUGUACUGGAAAAACCAGCCAAGAGCUUCAAGUCAGACGCAGAGCGUAAGGCCAAGGUCUACUAUGAGUCCUGUCUGGACGCCGAUGAGCAUAUGGAGAAGUUAGGGGCCAAGCCCAUGAAUGAUCUCUUGCUGCAGAUCGGUGGUUGGAAUGUGACCAAGAGUGGCUACAAUGUGGCCAAUUGGACAAUGGGUAAUACCCUUAAGAUUCUGCACAACAAAUAUAAUUUUAACUGCCUGUUUGGCUGGGCGAUUGGUGAGGAUGACAAGAACUCCUCACGGCAUGUCAUUCAGAUUGACCAAGGCGGUUUGACCCUGCCAACCGCCGAUUAUUACAACAACAAGACGGACAAUCACCGCAAGGUACUCAACGAGUACAUUGAGUACAUGACCAAGGUGUGCGUCCUUUUAGGAGCAAAUGAAUCGGAUGCCCGGGCUCAGAUGAUUGGCGUUAUUAACUUUGAAAAGAAGUUGGCUAAUAUUACUAUACCAUUGGAAGAUCGACGCAACGAAGAGGCCAUGUACCAUCCAAUGCAGCUAAGGCAGCUGGCCAAACUUGCCCCGUUCUUGAAUUGGACGGAUCACUUUGAUAAUGCCAUGCAGAUGGUGGGUCGUCGGGUCACCGAUGACGAGGUGGUUGUCGUUUAUGCUCCUGACUUUCUCAAGAACCUUUCGGAUAUUAUCCUUAAGAUGGAACAAACUGAAGAGGGGAAAAUUACCCUCAACAACUAUCUUGUCUGGCAGGCGGUGCGGACCCUAACCAGUUGCUUGUCCAAACCCUUCCGGGAUGCAUAUAAAGGAGUACGGAAAGCCCUAAUGGGUUCGGAUGGUGGCGAGGAGAUCUGGCGGUAUUGCGUUUCGGACACGAACAAUGUGGUGGGCUUUGCCGUAGGCGCCAUCUUUGUGCGUCAGGCUUUCCAUGGAGAAUCUAAGCCAGCGGCCGAGCAGAUGAUUGGUGAGAUUCGCGAAGCCUUUAAAAUGAACCUCCAGAACCUGACCUGGGUGGACAAGCAGACACGCGAGAAGGCCAUCGAGAAGGCUAACCAGAUCUCGGAUAUGAUUGGAUUCCCCGACUACAUCCUAGAUCCCGUUGAGCUGGACAAGAAGUACGCCGAGCUAAACAUCACGGCGAAUGCCUACUUUGAGAACAACAUCCAAGUGGCUAUCUAUAACCUGAAAAGCAAUCUCAAACGCCUCGAUCAACCGGUUAACAAGACCAACUGGGGCAUGACCCCGCAGACAGUGAAUGCCUAUUACACACCUACGAAAAAUCAAAUUGUCUUUCCGGCGGGCAUCCUGCAGACGCCCUUUUUCGAUAUCAACAAUCCCAAAAGUCUGAACUUUGGUGCCAUGGGCGUGGUAAUGGGUCAUGAACUAACCCACGCCUUCGAUGAUCAGGGUAGGGAGUACGAUAAGUUUGGGAACAUUAAUCGCUGGUGGGACUCCAAGAGCAUAGAGCGUUUUAAUGAAAAAUCAGAGUGCAUUGCCCGUCAGUACAGUGGGUACAAGAUGAACGGACGUACUCUUAAUGGCAAGCAAACGCUGGGCGAGAAUAUAGCCGACAAUGGUGGUCUGAAGGCAGCCUAUCACGCCUACCAGCGUACCAAAAGCGACCGGGAGGUGGAUGUCCUGAAGCUGCCUGGCCUGAAUCUCACGCAUUCGCAGCUCUUUUUCGUGUCCUUUGCACAGGUCUGGUGCUCUAGCACAACGGAGGAAACGAAUCUGCUGCAAAUGGAAAAGGAUCCGCAUUCGCCGUCGCAGUUCCGGGUGAUCGGCACAUUGUCGAACAUGAAGGAGUUCGCCGAGGUCUUUCAGUGCAAGCCCGGCAAGCGUAUGAAUCCCACCGAGAAGUGCGAGGUGUGGUAAAGGGAAGGCCGCCCCCAAACCCCCCAGAUCUCAUAACGAGCCAAAGAUAAUGAUGAUUAAUAUAAUGAUAAUGCCAAAUCCAAAAUCGAGCAACUAUAAUGAGCUGAGGACUGGUAUGGAUGCAGACAGGGAGAUAUAGCCUCUAGAUACUUAUCCUGUAUCCUGGAAUUUUACUCCUUUUCUGUUUUCAUUUUUGCCAUUAUUUGUAUUUUUAUUUCUUUUUUUUUGUGAGUCAAGUCUAGAGAGAGAGAGAGCGUCAGUCAUUGUGCCUAUGAAAAUAAUGAUAAAAAAACUGACGAUAAAUUCACGUUCGUGCUCCAAGGGGUUCUAGGCUAGGUCCUGGGAGCAGGAUCAAGGGGACCUUUAACUACAUUUGAAUGUGAAAGCACGAGCUACCAACUAUAUGGGAUCGGUGUGUGUGAGGAAUAUAGAAGAUAUAGCACACACCCAAUGGGGCUGAUAUAUAUAUAUAUAUAUAUAUAUAUAUAUGAUAACGAUAACGAUAAACGAUAACUGUAACUUAGCUAUUUGUAGAACUAUCAAUGUAUAUUGUAUUAUAAAGAUACAAAGAUAAGCAGCUCGUGACCCUAGGAAAAAGAGUAUUUGAAGGGUUGAUUCUGUGUUCCGCUCUUUGUUUUUUUUUAUGUGUCACAAUGAAAAAAAUGUAUUUUAAAAAGUUUUUUUUAACAAAAAAUAUAUUGAAUUUAAAGUUCCUUAAGUAAGGGAUAGAAAUUUAGUGAUGGGCUAGUGGGUAUGUGAAAGUGAAGGAGAUAGAGAGAUAUAGAGUGAGAGGCGAACAGGUUUUAGGGUUUUUGUUUAGCCAAAGUGAGUGAUUAAGUUAAACAUUCUGUAUAAGUUGGAAAUUAAAGAAUGUAUUUACUAA